AUGGGGAGAGGUUCGUCCAGGUCCAACCCGUCGAGGCCGCGGAAGAGGGUGGAGGCGGAGACGGCCAGCACGCCAAGGAUGAGAGGGCCUUCGCCAGAUGUGUUACUGCAGCAGAGUCUUAGGGAGAAAGCAGUUGAGGCAAAGAAGCCGACAGAGAAAAAGAGGGUCGCCUCAUCUGAGAGUAAGGAGAAGAAGGCAAAGAAGGGGAAGAAGUCCAAAGACCUUAGUGCUCCCAAGCGCCCUCCAACUGCUAAAGGUCUCGUGUCCAAGGAAGGUGAUGAGAAGUGGAAGGCCAUGUCAGAUGAACUGAGUGAAAAGAAACCCUACAUUGAAAGGGCAGUAGAGCUGAAAAUAGGGAAAGCAUUAGAGAAACACAAUCAAGAAGAUGAUGGGGAAGAAAAGAAAGGGUCGUAUAGGGAAGAAGAAGAGAUAGAAAAAGAAAAUGAAGAGUAA